GCCAACAGGUUCUUGCAUGCGGCUGGGAGCGAGUCCUCAGGUUGGUUAGCUUCAUACGUGUGAGGAGGGAGUGGAGCCCGGGUAUGCGUGCGUGGCGUGAGUCCCGGGCAGUUUGUUGCUCCGUGUGCAUGUCAGUGAAGCUAUAUAAGCUGUGUACUUGCUUGGCUAAUUGGGAAGUGAAUACAGACAAUAAGAAAAGGGCGUUCGUUGCCGGUAAGUCUGUGUGUGUUAGCUUCUCCACAGUACUGCUUGCUAGCAACUCUUGUGUUUGCGUGUGUCCUCCGAGCAGCGUGAGUUUCUGUCUGCUGCGUCCAGUGCCGCGUGAGAUCGCGUAAGUCGAAGGAGGCAGCUCCAACAACGGUGCGGAUGGCCGGCAGCGAGGGAAACAGCGACGAAGGCUGGCGGCGGAGCGGCAUCGAGGUGAGCGCCCUGCAGUUCGGCUACGACGGCCAGCCGCCGCUCUUCGCGCGCUUCAACCUCCGCAUCGCCCCCGGCUCCCGCUGCCUCCUCGUCGGCGCCAAUGGAUCAGGGUGAUGUUCCACUGCAAGGUGACUUCUCUGCUGAGCACACGAUUUUUGGAGUUGACGGGGUUGAUCCUGUUAGGCGAGAGAAGCUGGUUGAUCUGCAAUGGCACAUGCAUAAAGUUUCAGAUGGACAGCGCCGCAGGGUCCAAAUCUGCAUGGGUCUUCUUCAUCCAUACAAGGAUAGAAGAACUAUUAUCGAGGAAUUGUUAUUUCAAGGGAACACUCGUGCAAAAGUUUUUUGUUGAUCUCUGACGCAGCAUAGUUUUUUUUUUUGUAUUCUUGAAUACUUGUAUGUAAUGUGGUGGGCACUAUUGAGUGAGCCUGAUUAGAUGGUUGUGUUAAAAAAAAACUCGACCACAAGGAGAAGACGUCCCUGGCUUUGUCUUAAGAGAGGGGAGUAACGAACCCUUUAGAGAGAUACUCACAUGACUUGCAAGCACCCCGGUUCGAGCCUAGGUGAGCGGCCUCUCAGCUGGAGGUUCUACCAACCGAGCUAUCGAUUGGUUCUCAGAUGGCUGUGUGUUCAUGCCAAAGAAAAAGAUAGCUGUGUUGCCUUGAUUGUUCCAAGAAUAUUUCCAAUGAGUACAUAUUCUUCUGCUCGGAAGACAAAAUAUGUAAGAUAGUUGUGUUGGCAUACAAGUUAUUCUCUAUGGGAAAUGUUUGGGUGAGCAUAUGGGAAGUUCCCCACCCUUAUCUGUAUUCUGUACAUGAACAUCAAGUGAUAUGCUGUGAUAAUCGUGAGGGCAAUUCUCUUGUUGGGUAUUUGAUGGACUGGAGACACGGGCUACCGACGUUGCAAACAUUCAGGAAGGCGAAUUGAGAAAAUCUGCAAAAUACUCGGAGAUUGAAGUACUAAAGAGUACCAAAAACUUGCUGUCAGUAGUUGAGUCAUGGCUCCGAUCUGAGACCAAACUCCCCAAAAAGGAACAACCUCCACGUUCUGAGACCCAGCCCAGACGCUCGUCACCGUUUGAUGCUUCGCCUUUCCGUUCAUCUCGCCACAUGGCAUACCACCGUUGAUGAUUUUGCACCUCUACAUCUAUCUUUUGUUCCAUUUAGUCGUAUAGUUAUGAAAUAUGUCAUCUUUUAUGCUUUACUCCCUUGUAUACAGCAAUAUAUAUCUGUACAAUAAAGUUAGCUUGCUCGUGUUGACGAGCAAUAGGUGCUCACCAUGUUUAUCACUGUACUGCUUCCAGAUAA